AUUACCCUGCAUGGUAUCAUGAACUUUUGCCAAUAUAUAGUCUCCUCUUCAAGUCAAUAACUCACCAUCAUUCCUAUUAGUUCGUCUCCUCUCUCUUUUCUCGUGUUUGAGACAUGGAAACAGUCACCAGGAUCUUUAUCGCCACCUUGCUGUUACUAGCAUUUGUGGCCAUAAGUUCAACAGCUCAAGCAAAGAAACAAACAUAUAUAGUCCACUUGGACAGGACCAAGAUCAAAACUGCUUAUCAAUCUCUUGAUAAUUCCAAACCAUGGUACGAAGCAAUGCUCAAUUCUAUAGCUGAUGUUUCAUCUCAAGAAGAAGAUGGAUCCGAAGCAACACCUCCCCAACUUCUUUAUGCCUACGAGACUGUAAUGUUUGGUAUCGCAACAAGGCUCUCAUCCAAGCAAUUAGAAUUGCUAAGUAAAAUUGACGGCUUUCAAUAUGCGACUCUUGAUGAAGAGCUAAUUAGUCUCCACACGACGCAUACCCCUCAAUUUCUCGGCCUAGAAAAGGGCAAAGGGCUCUGGCAUGCUUCAAAUCUAAAGUCCGAUGUGAUAAUUGGUGUGGUGGAUACUGGAAUCUGGCCAGAGCACCCCAGCUUCCAAGACCGUGGUUUGUCUGCUAUACCUACAAGAUGGAAAGGUGCUUGCGUGAAAGGCACAAAGUUCUCCUCAUCAAAUUGCAAUCGGAAACUCAUUGGCGCUAAAUUCUUCUUCAACGGCUACGAGGCGGCCGUUGGAAAAAUCAACGAAACAGAAGAUUUCAAAUCUGCAAGAGAUUCAAAUGGUCAUGGAACGCACACUGCCUCAACAGCAGCUGGUAGUCUUGUUGAAAAUGCAAGCCUUUUUGGCUUAGCCAAUGGCUCAGCAGCAGGUUUGAGGUAUACCUCCAGAAUUGCAGUUUAUAAAGCAUGUUGGUCAAUUUGCUCUAUCCCUGAUGUUCUAGCAGCUAUGGAGGAAGCCAUUUUGGAUGGGGUUGACGUGUUGUCACUCUCUCUUGGUACAGCAGCUCGGCCUUAUUACCGAGAUUAUAUGGCUCUAGCAUCAUUUCAGGCAAUUGCAAAUGGGAUAUUUGUUUCUUGUAGUGCAGGCAAUUACGGCCCGUCUAAAUCCACAGUUAGCAAUACUGCUCCAUGGAUAAUGACGGUUGGCGCAAGCUACCUUGAUCGAAGCUUUCCAACGAUUGUUAAGCUUGGAAAUGGACAAACGUUUGAGGGAUCAUCCUUAUAUGUUGGCAAGGGAACAAAGCAAUUGCCCCUUGUGUAUGGGAAAACUGCUGGUGGCCAAGGAGCAGAGCAUUGCAUUGCUGGCUCACUGAAUCGAGAUCUUGUCCAAGGAAAAAUGGUUGUUUGUCAGCGUGGAGAGAAUGCCCGUACAGAGAACGGAGAGGUAGUGAAAAUGGCAGGAGGAGCUGGAAUGUUACUAAUCAACACUGAAAAUGACGGUGAAGAACUUCUAGCUGACUCCCACGUUUUGCCAGCCAGUUCAUUAGAAGACUCAGCCGGUAAAGCUAUCAAAAAGUACAUGAACUCAACUAAAUCGCCAACAGCUUCAAUUGUUUUCAAAGGGACAACUUAUGGUAAUCGUGCACCCACACUAGCCGCUUUUUCAUCAAGAGGGCCAAACCUAGUUGGACUGGAUGUGAUUAAGCCAGAUGUGACGGCACCAGGAGUAGGCAUACUGGCAGCAUGGCCAGCUAUAACUAGCCCAAGUGAGCUCAAAAGCGACAAGAGAAGAGUUUUGUUUAAUAUAAUUUCUGGUACUUCAAUGUCUUGUCCUCAUGUUAGUGGCAUAGCUGCACUGCUCAAAUCCAAGCACAAAGAUUGGUCACCAGCAGCAAUCAAAUCAGCUCUAAUGACAACAGCAUAUGUUGCGGACAACAAAGGGACUCCAAUUCUGGAUGUAGCUUCUGGUAGCUCUGCUGCACCUUUUGGACUUGGCUCAGGUCAUGUUGAUCCCGAGAGAGCUUCUGAUCCAGGGUUAAUCUAUGAUAUCAGUCCCAAGGAUUACAUAUAUUACUUAUGCAGCCUCAAGUACACCGAUUCUCAAAUCUCUGGCUUCGUGUAUAAUUUUACUUGUCCUAAAGAUGCAAUUAUGCAGCCUGGAGACCUGAAUUAUCCUUCAUUUGCAGUCAACUUCAAGAGCAGUGCUGCUGAAAAUAUUACUCUUACGUACCAUAGGACUGUCACAAAUGUUGGAACUCCUAAAAAUACCUACGAUGUGCUUGUGGAAGAACCUGAAGGAGUCUCCGUGGUUGUGACGCCUAAGGUUUUAGCAUUUAACAUGUUGGGUGAGAAAUUGAGUUACAAGGUGACUUUUAUAGGAUCGAAAAGGACAAAACCAGUUGCUGCCUCAUCUUUUGGAUCCCUGGUGUGGGUUUCUGGAAACUACAGAGUUAGAAGUCCAAUAGCAGCAAGUUGGUUGAAGAUGCAUUGAAUCGAGUCGAGAUGGUAGAAUUAUAUUACGUGUACUACUGCUACUACUUCUUUUCCCAUUUUCUAUCUUGAGUGCUCUACCUGUUGAAGGAAUAAAAGUGUGUGGGCUGCUCCACAACCAUGAAAACUACUUUACUCAGUGCUUUGAUCUGUGUUGUUAGUUGUACUAUUGCUUCCUUCUAUUUCCAAGAACAUA